AUGGCGGUAAAGGGUUCAAAUAGUAUACAGUGGGGUAAAUGGAUUGUUGUUGGUGGAGCGUGUAUUGCAGGCGGUGCCGCUAUUUGGUGGUAUGUUCGGAAACAAGCUAAAGAUACAACUAACGGUUCAGAAGGCGGCGUGGGGCAAGCUGUUUCUGUUGCUUCAUGUUCAAUUCUUUUUCCAGGUAUGCAAAGUUCAAAAGGGAUGAAGGAUAAGGGCAAUGAAUAUUUCAAGCAGUGUUCAUAUAGGAAGGCUGCUGAAACGUUUACGGAAGCUAUCAGACUUUGUCCAACAGAGCAAAAAAAUCAUCUUGCUGUAUGUUACCAAAAUCGGGCUGCUGCUUAUGACAGACUGGGAGAUCCGGAACGGUCAAUUAUGGAUUGCACGAAGGCAGUGGAGUUAGCACCACUUUAUCUUAAGGCCGUAGUGCGACGAGCAAGAGCUUAUCUAUCAGUCAAUCGACCGGACGAAGCACUAGAUGAUCUUACCUAUGCAUUCGUUAUGGCUCCAGAAGCAACAGAUUCACUUAAGAUGGAUGUUGAUAGUGCAGUUGCACUUGCUGCUGCUAAUUUGGUUGAACAUGUAAAAAGUACUCGUGAAUCCAUACCAGUAAGAGACGAGUUAGUGCUACUGUGGCGUAGUUCGUAUGUCAAUGAUCCAAUAUUACAUGAUUUGAAGGAAGAAUCUCGUUCCACUAGUCCGUAUCACCAGGCACUGGAAGCGAUACGACAAAGACAUUACGAGGAAGUUAUACCUCUUCUUGAGAAUGAUUUACGUGUACAGCAAUCAGAUCCAAAUCACUUAAAUCUUACUUUUAUUCUUCGGGAUUAUAUAUUGCAGGCGCGUUUUGCUUUAAUGAAAGAAAACCUAGUGUCACUAAAGGAACGCUUAACUGCUUUUGACGGUAUAUGGAAUACAUUGAAUGGAGACUCUCGAUGUGAUAUAACCAAUAAACGUUUCCGAUCAAUGUAUCAUAUUUUGCUUGCAGCCUGGAAAAUUCUUGAACAUUGCGGCGAUGUUGAGAGUGAAUUGAACCGCGCUGUCGAAAUUGAUCACACGAAUGUUGAUGUUUAUUUGGGUGCCGCUUUAUUAUUAUCUGAAAAUGGGCAGUUGCAGGAAGCAAUUGAUUAUUUAGAUCGCCUCAGCACAAUUGAUCCAGCCCAUCAUUUGGUCAAUCAUAUGAGGGCAAACUGCAACAUGGCUUUGAAAGCUUCAAUGGGUGAUGUUGGAGGUGCUGUGGCUUGUAUGACAAAGGUUGAUCAACUCCUACAAAUGAACCAAAAUGCUGAUCCAGUGCUUUACCUUAUCACUGGGCGACUGUAUUAUGCAGCUCAAAAUAAAGGAUUAGCAAAAGCCUCAUUUAAAAAAGCUGCGGAGGGUAUUCCUGAUUAUGCUGCACCAGUGUUUUAUCUUGCAAUGGUAGAAGCAGAAGAGAUGGAAGGUUCGCCGAAUCAGAUGGCCAUGUUGGAGUCGAAAAUGAAGAUAUGUUUAGAAAGAGAAAAGGCCAAUCCGGAUGCUUUGGCAAUUUUAGCAAAAAUAGCAUUUCAAAGACAGCAGCUUGAUGAGGCUUUGCGUUUGUAUGAGAAAUGUAUUGAAGUAUGUCCUGUUCAUACAAACGAAGCAUCGCUUCUUCCAGCUGUAACAGAUUAUGUACAAAUACGUUCUUUGCGUAAGGCAGUUGAAGCAGUACAGCGAGCUACUGCAUCUCCAGUUAAUGCAUCAGGUAACAUAUAUUAG